AGCUCGACGGGCGAGAAAUGGUCGGGCGAUCGGGUGUACGAGUGGGCACUGAAUCUGGCCUAUUAUUUGAUUACUGAAUGCCACCUAAAACCGGGUGAUAUCGUAUGCUUUUUGUGCGCCGACAGUGCGUUACAUGUGGUGGCAAUGCUGGCCGUGUGGGCGGCGGGAGGGGUCUACUGUUCGCUACCCUCCCGAUCCACUUAUCGUGAAAUCGAUGGGGCGUUGACGGGAAUAGAGCCCGCAUUUCUAGUCACAGAUGCUUUCAAUUAUGGUACGAGCGCUGUCAUCACCACCGAAAUGAUCUCGAUUAAAAAACUUUUGCUAAUCGACCGAAAGUCGGCGACAGAGGGCCUGAACGACACACUGGAUGUGUUGGAACAGGUCAUGCAAUACGAGCGCCAAUACCUGCGCCUACCGUUGGAGGGCUCGGCUGAAAACACCUGCGCUCUACUCAUCGCCAGCGCCAACGAUGGCGGCACUAAAGCCGUCCGUCGCUCCCAUCGUAACCUCAUAGCGACGGCCGGCGCUCUUCAAAACCCGGAGCUGUCGGCACUCGUGGCCAACGGCGACACCGAUGUGGUGCUCACCACCGCUGGCCUCUACUCGCCGUCCGGUUUUAACCUAUGCCUACACGCGCUCAACAAGGGAUCAACGCUCGUGAUCGCCACCUUUGAGGGCACGAGUGACCACUUUUUGCAUUGCAUACAUAGCCAUAGGGUUACCACAGCUAUACUCACAACAUCACAACUACAUCUAUGUCUGGAGCGCACAGAUAUGGUCCGGAGCUUAAGAGAUGUCUGGUUUGUGGGGACAGCCAUCUCUGAAAAGACACACAACACAGCCAUUGAAUUGUUUGGGAGUUUUAGAAAAAUGCUUUUGACCGCCGAAGCCGGUUGGGUGACCACCGAGUACUUGACCGAAACCAUACCGAACUACACCACAAUUGGCCGACCGGUGGCCGGCGUCCAGCUUAAAGUGGUUGACAGUAACGGCCGGUCAGUGCCGCACAACACGGUUGGCGAGCUAUGCAUUUGCAGCGAUCAGUGCUCUCCUGGAUAUCUCAAUAACGACGCCGAGAGUCAACACAUUUCAAUGACAGACGGCUUUGUGAGAAGCGGUGAAUACGGCUAUUAUGACGGCUCCGGACUCUUCUAUAUCGUCGGCCACUCCGAAGAGUUUGUUAAAGUCGACGCUUUUGUGCUAAAGCAUCACAUUAUAUACUUCUAUUAUAUACAAUUAUAUGGUGUCGACCGAGGAGUUGGUGUCAGUACUGCUGAGACACCGGGCGGUGAGGGAGGCGGCGGUGAUAUGCGCUGAAGACAG